UAAGGUUAAUUAUACAUAUGUUCGGUUAUCUUCGGAUAUCCAUUCGGUUUCAGAUAUUAUCCAUUCGGGUUCGGGUAUCCAAUCUCUCCUAAUUCAAUACCUGUUCGGGUAUUUUGUUACUUCGGUUCGGAUUUCGGUUCGAAUUUUUCGGAUCGGGUUCGGGUGCCACUUCGGAUAUCGGAUAAAGUGCUCACCCCUCUUUUCAAGACAUGUUUUAUUAACUAAAUGCAAAUUUCAAAAAACUUAAUUGCACUUACUGAAUUUUUAUUGGCUUAAAAUUAUGGAACAAAGAUAAACACCAAAAAUUAUACAAAUUUAAUGUGUUUUAUUAAAAUGUGUGUAAAAAGCUAGAAUAUGUAACAUUAAGAAACAGAGGGAGUAUUUGAUAAAUGAUAAUCAGUAUAAAGUUUUUAGUCAAAAAAAUAAUAAGAAUAAUGAUAAUCAGUUUAGAGCUUAUUUCAUUGCCAUAUUACUUUGUAUUACAUGUUGUAGAAUAGCUUAAUAUUAAAAACAUUAACAAAAUAUAAUUUUAAAAUAUUGACCAAAACACAUAACAAAAUUUAAGAAAAAAAGGAAAAUAUUAAUAAAUAAAUAUUUUCUGUGAAAAUAGUAUACCUUAAAAGGUUCAAAAAUACUAGUAUACUUGCAUGUCUAUAAAAGAAAUUUAUAUUGCAACUAGUACAGUAUAUUUUGUUAUAUAUGAUAAAAUAGAUAUUUUAUUUUAUUUUUUUUUUUUAAAAACUUUGUUAUGUAUGAUAUCAAGUAUAUUGCUAAUGUUGAUAAUAAAUAAAUUAAAAGAUGCAAAAUAUAAACCACGUGUCAUUAUAAAAAUAAAGUAAGUAAAAAACACAGUGAAGAUCUCUAAAAAGAAUCUGUCAUCAAAAAUAAAAAUAUUAUAAUAUAAAUAUUUUAGAUUUUGAGCGAUUUUCCUUAAAAGAAUUUACUUAAAAACUUUGGCUAGAUCUUUCAAAGCUUUUUAAAAAAUCUUUUUUAUUAUAAUAUUGUUAUUUUUGAUGAAAGAUUUUUUUUUAUGAUUUCUAAUGAUAAUGGCAUGAUACCUUCUUACAUUGGGUGAUAUAUAUAUGGUAUUCUUCUCGUAUAUGUCUUCCUCUCUUCCAAUGACUAUAUCUCAAUUUUGUUUUCCAUAGCCUGUACGUGUUCCUUUCUGUUCGUCUUGAGUCAGGAAAAUCAGUCAAUAUGGAUUUGUAUGACGAUAUCUUCAACGAUCAACUAUUGCAAUUGAGUCCUUUGCGCUUCUCUCCGUCACCAGAACCAUUUGCUUCGUUGACGGAGUUUCUGCAAGACCCUCUUAUGGAAGAAACUGAAAAUGUGGAUGGAGAGGAUGUUGGAUUUAUCAAUAGUUCUGCUAUAACCGAAGCUAAUCCCUCAAUGGGUAUACCAUCCCCAAAUCUAGUCCCAUUUCCAGAGACAUUAACACUAGUGCAAAAUCAAUCAGAUCAUCAUUUUUUUCUCAAUCAAAACAUGUUGGAUUCUUUUGAGCAAGAGCCAGGUGUUUUUGCAAUGCCACAGCAAUCAUUAGUAUGCAAUCCAAAGGGGUGUUUACAAGGAAACUUAACAAACGGACAAUUGGAUCAGCAAUCUUUGUUCAAUCGAAUCACAAUGAAUCCCUUCCAGGAAACAAAUGACUCUACAAUGAUAGAAAAUGGUCGACCAAUCGAAGAAGGAAACAGUGGAUAUGCACAUCCAAUGAUGACUCAAUCUUUUGAGUUACCAAAUCAUCUUCAAGAGCAGUUUUUAUCAUUGCCUUCAUCACAAAGUUACCUGUCAGAACCGAUGUACGAGCACGGCCUAGUUGCUUCACAUUUCAACAAGUAUGACCAGCAACCGCCUACGUUAGUCUUACCUAACAGGGAAGAUGGGGCUCUGGUCCCAAGUAUGGAUAAAAAUUUGGCUAGGACAAACUCUGCACCGAAUCAGAUCUCUGUGACCCUUCCUCUGCCUCAAAUGACAUCGAACUCUACAAGGAAUCAAGGAAAUGUACAAGAGCGAGUAAAUCAGCCUACGCCAGGAAGUAGAUACCCUACCCUCGAAACCUAUGCUCGUGCACAAGGACUUCCAUGCACGAAAGCAUUUGCUCCCAUCGAUUUUAACGUUUUGGGGCGUCGACAAAGAAAUGACCAAAGUCGAUUUGAGCAUGAAGAAUCUUCAUCUGCUGCUCAACGAAGGAGAAUCUUCAUGCCAAACCGAAAUGAUAAUUUAACUGCAGCUAACCUCGUUCAAGAAAGAGUACAAGUCCGACAGAGCCCUAUUUGCGAGAAGGUCAGCUGCGGUGUUGUUUGAACGUGGAACAUGCGAAAAGGAAAAAUCAGAGAGAUAACAAGUUAAGCUCUGGACGUCCUGAAGAAUUUCAAAAAGUCCCUUGAUAGAAUCUCUCCCGUUGAUGGCUCGGAUGAGGAUCUGAGCGUCCAACUUGAGGAUUAGGGAGUUGAAGCCGUGUUCUCGUGCUUGAUACAAGGCUUCUCUGACUGCUAGCCCUUCUGCGACUAGUGGGGAAGAUACCCAUUCCUCUGUUUUGCUGCCUUGAUGUAGUCUUUGUCCGUUAGUGUCCGUGAAUAUUCAACCGAUGCCUGCAGUUUUUGUUUCUUCUUUUCAGGCUGCAUCAGUGUGGACCGUAACAGCACACUGGUGUUGGUCUUGCCGAAGGAGCCGUGGGAUCGGUACAGUCAUCUGGUUUGUGCUUCCCGUCUGGGCUUCCGUCCAUUCACGGGCGUCAGCUAUAGCUUUGGAUAGUGUCUCUGUUUCAGUGAAGCGUCUGUUCUCAUAGAUUCUUUGAUUCCUUUCUAGCUAGAUUAACCAAACAAUCCAUGGGAACAGAGAGCCAUUUGUUACUCCAGUUGUUGGUAGGUUUGAUAGUUUUUUAGAUGCUUGCAGCUCCGUUGUGAAGCUUGUUGCAUUUGUUAAGGAAGCCCGGUGUGCUAUAGGUGCGAGAGACCAUAUUGUCUUUGCAUAGUUGCAGGUCAAGAACAGGUGAUUUGCAGUCUCUCUCAAGCUGCAGAAGGUACAUUUCGAGGAGUCCAUAAGGCCCCUAGUUUCCAAAUUAUCCCCCAACAGCAGGGCUCCUCUCAUUAUCUUCCAUAUGAAAACUCGCAGUUUAGGCGGCAGUGGCAAGAGCCAUACAUCUUUCAUCCAGUCGCAUGGUUGUUAGAUAGGUCGGUUGGGAUCUGCAUCUUCCAAGUUCUUCAAUCCAGAAUAGUAUCCAGUUUUAGUGGAGUAUUCCCCAUUCAUUGUGAGGAGCCAGUUGAAAGAAUCUGCGGUUCCAGGUUUGCUAGGCUUGAUGCAGAAGAUGUCAUUUGCUUCUGUCGGAAGUAGUUUGUAGACGAGUGAUAUAUAGUGUUUUUGGCAUUUUGUAUAUAUGUUUUCUAAUUGGUUUUCAAAUCUUUAUCGAGUAUUCCCAGUCCUUUUCGAGUCAUUACAGGUCUGGAGUUGCAUUGGAUAGGAGAUGGACCAACUGGAACAAAAGAGGCAGAAAACAAUGCAAUUUGGUGAUUUUCACGCAAAACAGUCGAGCGGAGCGACCUGAGUACCUGUUCCAGCGGCAGAGAUUUUUAAGAAAGUUUCCAAAUGUUUCGGGAUUUUACCUAGGGCUUUCCCCUUUUUCUCCUUGGCCGCCACAGACCUGCAUAUCUAUCUUUUCUUAUUAUUUUAUACAUACUACGUUACUUUUUAGAGAGAUUUGAGAGGGAGAAAACUUGUACUCUUGUUAAGGGAGAAUAAUCUCUAUACCCUUUGGAGAAGAUUUCUAAACCCUUUUUGCUUUCUAUUAUUUAUUCAGAAAUGUUUUCUUCA